AUGGCAUUUCCUCCUCACCAGCGUUCUCAUCUUCCUCGAUGCUCAGCCCUAGUUUCAGCAUCCUGUGGAUCCUUGCAGAAAAAGUUGUUUGGAUCAUCUAGGCUAAAAUCCGAGGUCAGAAGCGCAGUCUCAUAUAACAGCAGCACAAGAGUUGGUAUUUUUGAUGCUGAUGUCUAUGGUCCUAGUUUGCCAACAAUGGUUUCACCAGAGAGCAGGCUACUAGAAAUGAUUGCAGAGACGAAAACCAUCAUCCCAACUGAAUACUUGGUGUCAAACUGGUAUCAUUUGGAUUUGUUGGGCAAGGUCGUGCAAUUAUGCGGGGCCCAAUGGUUUCUGGAGUUAUUAAUCAACUGCUUACAACAACUACAAUGGCUCUUUACUAUUGUUAGUUGUAAAAUUAAGUAUAUGACAAGUUUCAUAUUUUGCAGGCUUGUGAUUGACAUGCCACCGGGGACUGGUGACAUUCAGCUAACUUUGUGUCAGGUUGUUCCAUUAACAGCAGCAGUUAUCGUUACAACUCCUCAAAAGUUGGCUUUAUUGAUGUUGCUAAAGGAGUUCGCAUGUUCUCAAAGCUCAAGGUACCAUGCGUUGCUGUUGUGGAGAAUAUGUGUCACUUUGAUGCUAAUGGAAAGCGCUUUUAUCCUUUUGGCAGAGGUUCAGGUUCUCAGGCAUGCAGCUGAUCUCCAGACUUUAUUGAUUUCAAUGGUUGAUCAUCAAACCAUGAGCAAUUAA